AUGGCUGUUUCAACAAAUUCACCAGCCACACAUUCUAUUGCAGAACUUAUCACAGAAUUCCACAAAACAACAGGCGAUGUCCCUCCCUUACUUAUCGGUGCAACAACCACAAUUAUCAAUGACCACGUUUAUUUGUUUGGGGGAAGACUUCAGUCCACUCGACAGAUUUCUAACCGUCUCUAUGUAUUAUCCCUGAAGACCAAAGUAUGGAUGCUUAUUCAACCACAAAAUAAACCAGCUCGACCUCGUUACUUUCACUCAGCAAAUGCUUAUGGCUCGCACCAUAUCAUCUUUUUUGGCGGGAUGGUUGUCGAAAAAACACAAAAAGAGGGCGAUAAGUUAAUUCCUUGUGAUGACUUAGUAUUUUUAAACAUUCAGACACUUUCUUGGGAAUAUCCCAACAUGACAGACCAAUCAUUGCCUUCACCUCGUUACGCUCAUCUGUCUUCUUUAAUUGAUGGUCGCCUUGUUAUCAUGGGUGGUCAAGACAUCAAUAACGAAUAUUUUGAAGACAUUCAUGUGUUUGACAUCGAUAAGCGACAGUGGUGUCCUCCUCUCUUCUCUCAUCGAUUCCAGUAUGGUGCUUAUCGUUCAGCUGCGAUUGCUGUUACACCAAUCCAACUGACUCCGCCUUUUGCACCAACGAUAGAUGCUCUUUCAGAGAGUUAUGAAGAGGUAAACACUACUUCUGAAGACGCAACAGAAAUCACAAUUCAUGCCUAUUCAAACUUCAGUGGAGCCGAAGUCACUCGACAGUUGCAUACUUGGAAACUCAACCAGCAAAAUGAAAGUAUAGAACUACAGGAUCAAUCAGAUAGCAUCAACCUAGGCAAUGCAUUACCUCCACCUUUGCGAUUCCCAUCUGCAUUUAUGUGUGGCCAACAAUUUAUAUUGGCAGGUCCACACUUUUCGAACACAGGCAAUCAAUUUCAAAUCUGGGCAUUGGAUACAACGAGCUUUAUUUGGACCAAAAUCGAAGUAGGGCAUGUAUUAGCUCGAGGUUCUUGGUUAAGAGGCAUGUUAUACGAAGACAAGAAUCGAUUUGUAGUAUUCGGGCAUCCGGCUAGAAAUAUGCAGGAAGACUAUAGAGACCGUGCACAUUGCUUUGAAUACUUGGCUAGUGUCGAUAUCGAGAUCUUUGGUAUCUACAAGCCUCCUCAAUCUACUUUUAGUGCUUUUGGUCAAGGCCUUGGCCUUGCUUUGCUCAAGGAUCCAAUGAUGGCGGACCUCAAGAUUGUGUCAAUUGAUGGCCAACAUGUCAUGGUCAAUUCAGCUGUAUUGUCUCAACGCUGGCCUUCUGUUCAACCUUUAUUGAAGCCACUUCUUGAUCCACAAAGCAAUUUUGAAGGGUUAGAUUUCGACAAACGAGAGCUUAGUUUCCCAGAUACUUAUGUGGUGCUAAUUGCUUUUCUUCAAUUUAUCUAUACUGAUCACCUCGUUACUGCUCAACAACACCAACCUCAAAUCUUGGCUCGUCUUUUGUUUAUUGCUGAUUUAUUUGAUGUGCCUAGACUCAAAGCACUUGCAACACAUUCACUACAUCAAAUGCUCAACAUUCAAACAGCCACUAUGAUUUACGAAUCAGCUUCCCUUUCUAACGCUAUAUCUUUGCAAGUACGUGCUUUACGUGUCAUGAUUAAUGCAAAGAAGAUGAUGCAAAGACAAAAGCAAUUAGAAAUGCAGAAU